AUGAGUUCAAACUACCCCCACAAGAACCACCACCAUAAAAGAGUGAAGUUAUCCAAAGGCAUACGCAAAAGAAGAAAAGUGACCAUUGUUCCAAGUCAUGUGGCCACAAGGGACAGACAACAUCUGCUCCGCUCAUGUGUAUCAACAAAGUUACAUGGUAAUAAUGUUCAAAUAGCCCCACCAACCAUUAAACUAGCAGUUGCUGCUAAGGGAUAUCCAGAAGAGGCGCUAUCUUACAAGCAAGGAGAAAUAAUAAAAGCAUAUUUGAUAGAUAAUAUGAUAAAUGAAUUAUCAGAUAUUCAACCAAAGUUUGAAGAUGCUAGAUAUUAUGCUGAUGUCUUACUAUUAACGUGCAGCAACGUAUCUACUAAAUCUUGGCUUGCGAAGGUUCUUAAAAGAUUGCCUUGUGAAGGCAUAAGCCUACAGCUUUUGGAUGCUAAAGAUUUAGUUCCGCCAAUAAAAACAUUGAUCUACAUUUCUGGUCCGCCAGAACAACCUGAGCGAAUUGUUGAGUUUAUAAAAUUUCAAAAUAAAAUUGAUACAAGUAGUUGGCGUGUUGUUUGUAAGAAACCUGACUCACAGGGGCAGUUUUUUAUUAUUUACAUGAACGAAGCGUCUUGGAAAAGUAUAGAAAAUACCGGAUGUCGGCCAUUUUACAAGCUCGGUAGACUACCUUUUAAACUGCUAAGGAAAAGUUACGAAAUACAUUCGACGUUGAUGGACGCAAAAUAUGAAGGUCCACACACCAAUAGAUGCAGCAAUACAUUCCAUAGUGAUAAGCCAUGCAGUGUAGCGAAUGACAAGACACUUUGCGAGUCUCUAUAUAACAAUUGGCCUUACCAUAAAACUGGUUCUUCAACAAAUAUUAGUGAACCCAAUCAGUUUCAACGCUCUUGUGCUCAAGCCGGUGAUAAUUCGCAAAUCAGUCCAAAUAAUGAUCAAAACAUAAAUCACGAAUUAUAA